UUCAAAUACACCGGCCAACCAGCGGACCUAGCCUUGAUUGAACAGAUUGCAAAGCUCCUGGAGCAGAACAAGAUUCCCUGCCAUGUAAUCAAUGACAGUAUGUGGCGGCACUUUGGCUGCCAGAAUCCUAUCAACUCCCUCGACAUCAUCAUCCCGCGGUCCCUGCAGAAGCAGGCGGUCCUGGUCUUGCGCAAGGCUAACUUCGACGAUGGCUGCCGCCAGGAGGACAAGUACGAAGCAGUCUCGUGUAACUUCAUCUACAAUCUGCGGGCAAACUUCCAUCGGGCGUGGUGGGUGCCCGCUCAUGUCUUCCACCUCCAGCCGGCAGCCCCGGGGGAAGAGCUCCAUGUGGAUCUCAACUUGUUCAGCCACGAGGACUGGUUCCCUAACUUGGAGCUUCCGGCCUGUGGUCCGCUGGCCGAAGAUGAUGAGACCUAUUUGGUCUCGACUGAUACGCGUCUC